GGACCAACAAUAUACGACGUCCCCGAUACUUGGGCGUGGGGGGAUUCCCGGCAUAGAUUCACAGAAGAGAGCUUAGAGACUACCUAUCCUCUUUCGUUUGGUGUCAGCCAGGUACUAGUAGGUAUCAGGCAGGUGGAUUCUUUGCCUCGAGAUUAUCAUACUGCGAGGCGCCCCUUGUCUCGAUAUUCAGUUCCCUCGCGAUUACCGCUGGGUUGCUUGGGUUGCGGAUUGCGAGCGUUGAGGCGCACUAUUCACCUCGACCAGAUGGCUUCGACUGAAGUAUCCUCGCGGCCACAUGAUCGACAUGGCCGUCGCCGCCCCUUCGCAAAUUGGAUGAAGCGCCUCGCCAGCCUCAAGAACUCGUCUGGAUCUUCUUAUCCUAGCUCAUCGAACAAAUAUCAUGGUUCCCCCAGUGCGCUGAAGGGCAAAAAGGGCAACAAUCUCAAAAACAACCCAUAUCCACUGUCAGGGAAUGUUAACAAUAUGGAUAAUGGUCACCUAUCUUUCUCUGAACCUACCAGCGACCGACCCAACCAUCUUUCCCGUUCAGAACCUUCGUUUUCCGAACCUUGUAUGGAGCAACGUGCUUCGACUCUGGGCACGAAAUCUGCUGCUCCUACUCUCUCCACAAAUGCGGACACUACUAUGUCAGAUGCUGCCAAUUCUAAGGCUGGUACAAUGGCAACUACGGGCUGGGCAGUGGGGUCACAAGGCGGAGGCGAAGGGAGUACAUUUUCCUCGCCCGCACCCUCCGUUCGAUCACUUACCACAACGCUUACGACCGUCCAAUCCGCCGCCCCAUCAAACCAAGUCCAUGGAGCGAUUUUUGGACACAACGCUUCUUACAGUGCCAACCAGCAAACCAAUCUUCAGUUUAGCCAUCAAUUUCCUAUGUCACCCGUUACAGCAGUGCCUUCUCAUCUUGCUCCCCAUCCAACAACAUACAAUUCUGCAACGGCAAAUAACCUUCUGACGGAUAAUGCAUCUGUUUUGACACUGGCAUCAUCCUCCAAACGCCACCGUCGCAAUUCCCUCGAUACCAACGCUUCUGUUCGUGCUUUGGCUCCAUCUUCGAUAUUCAGUGGCAGCCGUGAGAGUUUACCUUUAAGCGUUCUAAGUGGCAAUAUGGGUAAUAUAGGUGUCCCUGGAGGAGAGCCAUCCAAUUCACCAAUCCCCAACGCGCCGGGAGCGUUGAACCGUCCUGGUCUAUCCGGUACUGAACGGGGUAGUGUAUAUUCAUAUUCCGGACCUACCUCGGGAGAGCGGACUAGCUAUCAACCUGGAAGGUCACAGCUGGGUGAUACAGGCAGCGUUACAAGCGGCCAUAAUUCACACCACCAGAGGAAUGGUAGCGCAGCUGGAAGUGUUGGAGGCAAUACAAUGAGCUACAUUUCUAUGUCCACUGCGACAGGGCGAGCAAAUCGACGAAGUUCUGGAUGGGGAGAGGUCCCCAGCGCCAACGAUAGCGAGAAUGAAGGAGAUGAGCCUAACGGAGAGACAUCCGCGAACGGCAAAGCGAAGGCCAAUUAGUAGAACGUUUGCGUUUUCUGUCCUGCAAUUCAUUAACGACCUUUCCCUCACCGAAGCUAACUUAUGUCCUAACGAACGUGUUUGUUAUACCCAUACUCCUGUGGUUCUCCCACUCCCCCAUCCCUAUUUCUGUGCACCGCUAUUUACCCUCCGAAUUAUGCCGCUUCAACCCGGUUAUCCCUUUCACUCUAUUGUUUGAUACUUACCCCGCCUACCAUUUUUUGUUCUUUGCGUCUGGUUCGUUUUUUGUACAGUAUGUUUGUUUACCUUGCAUCUUCGUCGUUGUUAACUCGUUCCCUUUUUCUUACGUAAACUUUAUGUUACGCUCUUUGAUUUUGUGUUCUUGAUGCUAUACCCCGAUUCCUUGCCCUGCUUGUUUCUUGGUCGUCGUUUUAUUUCCCUGGAGAAGCACCUACUUUCUUUCGUCUUUCAAUUCUACACUGUGUACGUAUCGACCGAACUUGCCCUUUUCUGUAC